AUGGUUUCCAAAACAAAGGCGGAGGAUGAGAAAUCCUCAGAACCAACGUCGUCUCUGAUUCUUCCCUCACUUCCUGAAGAUGUCAUCAUUGACAUCUUAGCGCGUUUAUCAAGAUUCGACUAUCCGAAACUCUCCCUUGUUUCCAAGCACUUUCGAUCACUCGUUGCUUCACCUAAGAUGUACGCAAGAAGAUCCUUAUUGGCUUCCACGGAGCACUGUCUCUACGUUGCCGUCUAUGACAUAUACAGCUGUUAUUUUUACCAUUGGUAUAUCCUCUGCCGGAAAGCCAACGGCAGUCGCUGCUUGGUCCGUGCCCCCUCGACGCUUCCCGUUUUGAAUAACAAUUUAGCAACCUCUGUGGCAGUAGGUUCGAGAAUAUAUGUUUUUGGUGGGAUUGACCAUACAAAGAUGACGACAAAUGCGUUUUGCAUGGAUUGUAGAUCCCACACGGUGGAACCCAUCCCCACCAUCCCUGUUCCUUUGGUUUGUACAUUCGCUGGCUUCAUCGACCGGAAAAUAUAUGUUAUUGGAUAUUGCGAUCCUUACCCAAAGAAGGCUAUGCUGGUGUUCGAUACAGAAACACAAAAGUGGGAGCAUGUGAUGACUACGCCAAAGAUGGAGGCAUCUCUCACAAGAAACUACGCUUAUGUGGUGAUGGCUGAUAAAAUAUACACAAUGGAUUGUUAUGGAAGCUAUGUGUACGACCCAAAGGAAGGUAAAUGGGAAACAGACAAUAUGCCGAAUUCUAUCUAUUGGGAGAAUGCAUGUGUGGUUGAUGAUGUAUUGUACUACCGUGAUCGGUACGUGAACACCUUAAGAGCGUAUGAUCCAAUUCAGAAGUCUUGGGAAGUGGUGGAAGGCUUGAAAGAAUUGUUGGCUGCGCCAAUAUCUUCAAGUUGGUCAUAUACUGUGAAUUACGGUGGGAAUCUGGCUUUGUUAUUCAGUAGACCAGGUGGGAUUUGGUGUGCGGAGAUUUCGCUGGAAAGACGUCAAGGAGGGCAGAUUUGGGGUAAAGUUGAGUGGUGUAAUCUUGUUCUGACUGGAAAUUUUGGAACUGGGAAAUGUCUAGCUGUUAUGGUUUGA